AUGAACAGCCUAGUGGCCACGCCUCCAUUCCCUCCGCACUUCCACGAACACUAUCGUUUCUCUCCCACCCGUCCCAUGUCGACGCCACCCCAACAAAAUAGCAACAAAAAACGCAAGGCUGAUGACGAUGGCAACGACAACGAUGUGCGGAUGUCAGCAUCCCCAACCAACUCCCCUGCCUUCACACCACGCCCACUACCCAACCGCCAGUACAAGCGAUCUCGUCCCAAUAUAGCCGGCCGCCCCCUUCCACUCCCUAGAUUACUCGAGACCUUGGACACGGAUGCGUUGAGGUCCGUGCUCCAGGCAGUGUGCCAACGCCAUCCAGAACUCGGCGAGGAGGUUGUUCAGACUGCACCUCGUCCUAGCGUGACCUCGACGUUGCAGGUGCUUCAGAAUUAUCUCUCCAACUUGCAGUCAGCAAUCCCGCUGGGCAGUGGCGAUACUUUAUCAGACUAUGCGUUCAACCGGGUGCGAGUGCCUCUGAACAACCUGCUAGAUGCUAUGAGCGAAUUCACACCCCAUUUUCUCCCGCCUAACGAAACACAAACGUCCACGACACUGGCCUAUUUGGAUGGAGCAACAGAGAUCAUCCACCGGUUACCAAGAUACGAUACUCCCCGGCACAACUUCAAAUGCGAUUCUGCGUACGAAGACAUCGGUCGAGCCUGGGUCCUUGUGAUUCGGGAGGCCGCCAAACGCGGUGGAGGCAUACAGCUACAGUAUGGGGGAUGGGACCAGAAACUCGCGAAACACAAUGAAAUCUCCAAUGGCAAACUGCAGGAGGCUAUCAAUGAGCUCAGCACUAGUCUGGGUUGGAUGGGUUCGGGUUUGUCGAGUGGGCAGUCUACCUCUAGUGGUGACCAAACCUCGAUCCGCGACCAACUCCUAUCCGGAACUUACGGCAUGGGAGUGCCUCUAAAGGUUGGACAGUGGUAG